GUCUCUGCGGGCUGGGAGCGCCCGCUCCGGAAUCUCAGCCGCCGUCUGAGGGCUGAGGCAGCGUGGGGACGCGUGCGCAGUGCGCGGGCUGGCCGUCGUGGACGCCGCUCCGGGCAGCCGAGCCUCUGUGGGAGCCGGGGCCGCGGCGGCGCGGGUGCUCCGGGCCGAGGCCGCGUGUAAUGUUCAAGCUCAGAAAUGCCUUAUGUGGAUCGUCAGAAUCGCAUUUGUGGUUUUCUAGACAUUGAAGAAAAUGAAAACAGUGGGAAAUUUCUUCGAAGGUACUUCAUACUGGAUACCAGAGAAGAUAGUUUCGUGUGGUACAUGGAUAAUCCACAGAACCUACCUUCUGGAUCAUCACGUGUUGGAGCCAUUAAGCUUACCUACAUUUCAAAGGUUAGCGAUGCUACUAAGCUAAGGCCAAAGGCAGAGUUCUGUUUUGUUAUGAAUGCAGGAAUGAGGAAGUACUUCCUACAAGCCAAUGAUCAGCAGGACCUAGUGGAAUGGGUAAAUGUGUUAAACAAAGCUAUAAAAAUUACAGUACCAAAGCAGUCAGACUCACAGCCUAAUUCUGAUAACCUAAGUCGCCAUGGCGAAUGUGGGAAAAAGCAAGUGUCUUACAGAACUGAUAUUGUUGGUGGCGUACCCAUCAUUACUCCCACUCAGAAAGAAGAAGUAAAUGAAUGUGGUGAAAGUAUUGACAGAAAUAAUCUGAAACGGUCACAAAGCCAUCUUCCUUACUUUACUCCUAAACCACCUCAAGAUAGUGCGGUUAUCAAAGCUGGAUAUUGUGUAAAACAAGGAGCAGUGAUGAAAAACUGGAAGAGAAGAUAUUUUCAGUUGGAUGAAAACACAAUAGGCUACUUCAAAUCUGAACUGGAAAAGGAACCUCUUCGCGUAAUACCACUUAAAGAGGUUCAUAAAGUCCAGGAAUGUAAGCAAAGCGACAUAAUGAUGAGGGACAACCUCUUUGAAAUUGUAACAACGUCUCGAACUUUCUAUGUGCAGGCUGAUAGCCCUGAAGAGAUGCACAGUUGGAUUAAAGCAGUCUCUGGCGCCAUUGUAGCACAGCGGGGUCCCGGCAGAUCUGCAUCUUCUAUGCGGCAGGCCAGAAGGCUGUCGAACCCUUGUAUACAGAGGUAUACAUCAAGAGCUGGUGAAUGCAGCACGUAUGUGGGCUCUCACGCAAACGUGCCUUCUUAGUGGAGGGCCCAGACUUACUACUUACAACUGAUCAUAGAAAGAGCAUCCCCCCGGUCCUUCAGAAUCCAAACAUGCUUUCCGUCCUACCAACGCAGCCGCCGCCACCUCACAUUCCACAGCCUCUCGCAGCAACUCUUUGGUCUCAACCUUUACCAUGGAGAAGCGAGGAUUUUACGAAUCUCUUGCCAAGGUCAAGCCAGGGAACUUCAAGGUCCAGACUGUCUCUCCAAGAGAACCAGCUUCCAAAGUGACUGAACAAGCUCUGUUAAGACCUCAAAGUAAAAAUGGCCCUCAGGAAAAAGAUUGUGACCUAGUAGACUUGGAUGAUGCGAGCCUUCCGGUCAGUGACGUGUGAGGCAGAAGCGCGUAAACCCUGCCUGCCUCUGCCAUCCUCAGUUUCCUUUCACGAGGCUUCUAGCCAAAGAUGAUAAAGGGGGAAAUGGUUUUUAGUGCGUAUAUUAUACUGCCUCUUAGGUGUACUCUUUAUAAGCUGGUAAACCAAGAAUCUAAGGAGUGGCCAAACUAAAUAUAAUUUCUUUAAAAAAGAAAGAAAAAGGAAAAACCCAAAAUAUCUCAGUAUCAUCUGUCUGAAGCAUUGUGUGUUCUCAUUUGGGUGGUAACAAUGUAUGUGUAAUAUUUUUUUCUUAGUGAUUUUGACAGUUUAAAUGUUUAACAAUUUAAAACAUUAAAAAUGCUUAUUAAUAACUUUGGUCAUUUAAAAAAUGCUAUAAUGGCUUCCUAUGAAAGGUUCAAUAUUUACACAUUCUUAUUGGUCGAUAUUACCACAUGAAAUACUGCCAGACCAAGAUACCUAAACUCAUGAUGUCUGUGGUGCUGUAAAAUUUAUACUAAAAUGUGGACUAUUUUGAAAUUAUAACCAUUUUUGAUGCCCUGAAUCUUGAGGUGACUUAUUUUGCAUAGAGGAUAUUAAUAGACCAACAGUAAGGGUUGUGGGUUAUACCGGCAUAGAGAAAAGAAGAAAACUAGAAUUCAAACAACUGUGUCUUAGACAUUUGUUUGAAAAAGCUUCAUCAGGCCUUGGAGCAGUCACUGCUUUAUUCCACAAAAAUUAUUUGGUAGGAAAUUUUGGGGAGAUCUGAUUUUCUUAUCCAAGUUUUGUAAAUAGUUGUUAUUUCUAUAUUUGGAUUGGUGAAAGACCUCAAAUUUAUAUGUAAAGACAUAACUGCCCUUAGUCAUGAAAUUGUUGUGACCUCUACUUUUUGUCACUAAUAGCCUAUAUUCAAGUGCCUGUGUUUUUUCAUCUUGUUUAGGAAUGUUUUGAGAUUAAUGUGCUUAAAAGUCCUACGUGACUGAUUUUAAACAUUGAGAUAAAAUUAAUUUUCAGUAGAAUAGUUGAAUGUGUUAAAUAAGAUAGCAUUUUAUGUUAGAGAUGCCAGAAUGCUGGUAUUCUACUACCUGUGCAAUAUAUAUGUUUUAAAAAACAAAUUUGAGAAUACAUUUAAUCAUAGGGAUAUAGAUAUAAGCACCUCUCUAAAGAAUUUUUAGUUUCCAAUGUUGAAUUAUAGACCAGUUUGAGUAAGUACCGCUUUUUUUUUUUGGAGACGGACUCUUGCUCUGUUGCUCAGACUGGAGUGCAGUGGCGUGAUCUCAGCUCACUACAACCUCCACCUCCUGGGUUCAAACAGUUCUCCUGCCUCAGCUUCCCGAGUAGCUAGGAUUACAGGUGCAUGUGCCACCACACCUGGCUAAUUUUUGUAUUUUAGUAGAGAUGGGGUUUCACCAUGUUGGCCAGGCUGGUCUUGAACUCCUGACUUCAGGUGAUCCACCCAUCUCAGCCUCCCAGAAUGCUGGGAUUACAGGCGUGAGGCACCAUGCCUGGCCCAUAAGUACCGUUUUUGAGGUUCAGUCUUAAACAUUUGCUUUAAGAAAACAGUCUUGAAUUUCACAUGCUGCUAUUUUUAUAUUUUGCCAUUUUACAGUACUGUUUUGUUUUGAAUUCAUGCAUAUCAUUGAAAAUUUCUCGUUUUCAUUUUCUUAGAUGACUUCUUGUCUGAGACAGAGAAAAAUUUCCUGCUACAGCAUUGGGGUCCAGAGGUUAAGAUGUAUUAGAAUUAUACAGUAUCGGUUUAAAAAUCUGUAUGCAUAAAGAAUGCACCACUCAACUUUUUUAUUCAUAAGCUAAUAUUUUUUUAAAGUUAUACUAAGAUUUCUUCUCUUUUGCAGCUACAUUUGAAAGUGAUAGAAUAAAGAGAUUUUAAUGAGUUAUCACUUUUUCUGCUGAUAUAUUCAUUUUAAUGGCUUUUUUGAAAGUUUUUUUUUCGUGAACACACCCGAGAAAUCUUAAAUAGACACUUGGCAAUAUUUAAGAACCUAAUGCUGUUUAAUUUUGGUACAGCUUCCACAUUGCAUGUUCACUUUAGUAUUUGCAAUUUGAUGUAUUUCAUGGUGGCAAAAUAUUAGCUCUGUUUUGGGACAUUUUAAAAUAGAACUGUCCUUGUUCAAUAGCAUAGGAAAACGUUCUUGUGAUUGUCAGGGUCUCCUAAUAUUUAUCUCAAUUCUUUUAUAAGUCUAUGGAAAUUAUUUAAUUAUUUUAAAACGUACACACUUUUCUUGUAAAUAUGUCACAUCUGAGUUCAAAAAAAUUACUUUGAAUACCUUAAUAUUUGCUGCAUUUUUUUUCUGUAUAUAUAACAUGCCUUCUUUCAGAAUGGGAAUAUAUGUGUGCCUCCCAACAUUUACUGUUAAAGUCUGUUAUCUUUAUAUGUCAAACUGGUUGAACACUGUAAUGACUUGAGAAUAAACUGCACAGAGUUUAUUCUGA